CAGACUGCUUCUACAAACAUUUGCGAAAGACUGUGCAAUAAGUCCAUCCAUGAAAUUUCCUUUCUACUAAAUAUUCCACAGUCAACUGUUAGUGGUAUUAUAACAAAGUGGAAGCAACUGGGAACAACAGCAACUCAGCCACAACGUAGUAGGCCACGUAAAAUGACAGAGUGGGGUCAGCACAUGCUGAAGCGCACAGUGCGCAGAAGUCGCCAACUGUCUGCAGAGUCAAUAGCUGAAGACCUCCAAAUGUCAUGUGGCUUUCAGAUUAGCACAACAACAGUGCAUAGAGAGCUUCAUAGAAUGGGUUUCCAUGGCUGAGCAGCUGCAUCCAAGCCUUACAUCACUAAGUGCAAUGCAAAGCGUCAGAUGCAGUGGUGUAAAGCACGCCACCACUGGACUCUAG